AUGUUCAAUUCUGAAAACAAUACUUGUGCCCCUUCACAUUUUGCCUAUUUCAUAUUUCAAACAUUAUAUAUGCUUCCAUUCGUUUUGAUUUAUCUUAAAUUCACCUAUCGAGUAAUUUUCAAAAACAACGAGAAGUAUUCCGACGCGUUCUUCACAAUUUAUUUGGUCGAUGGUGUUUCAAAUUUAUUUUACAUUUUGGGUGAUUUUGCGAUUCCUCGUGCAAUGGCUUAUAUCGAUAUUUAUUGCGAAUUUAUGAUGAGACACUUCACAAAGCCAACUUAUUUUUUAACACCGCAUUUCUUUUUCUACAUGUUUUUCCAAUUCAUGAAAUCAUUUUCGUUGGUUUUGCUGUGUCUUAAUCGAUAUACAAGUGUAGUGAAACCACUGGAGCAUAAACAUGUGAGUUGAUAAUUAAUUAUGUAUCUGUUGAGUUCAUUAUAUUAUUUGCAGUUUUGGAAGCGUCAUCUUCAUAAACUAAUCAUUGCUCAGAUUAUAUUAUCUGUAUUCUUCUCAUCUCCAACAUUAACAGGUCCAGCUUACACGCAAAUUUCAAUUAGUUAUGUUCAAGUUGUAUACGUUCAUAAUAUCCCAUAUAUUCGAACGUCCCUUUUUCGAAUUAUAACAAUAAUCCCAUCAAUAGCUUUCAUAGUUAUCUCAAACAUAAUUCUUAUGUCAAAGUUAUCAAAAGUCACGGAAAAUAUGAGAAAACUUAUAAUCACCACAAUAAUCAUGUCAAUCAGCCAAAUUCUAACACUUAUGACAUUUCUACUUGUUUAUUAUGUACCUGCGCAAUUCUGGUUGAAUUAUCCGAAUUUGAGUGCUGCGUAUUUGUUAUUAAGUCAAAUUACCAAAGAUGUUGAUAUGAUUAGUGGAACACUGUGUCUUUUGGUUUUGGAUGGACGAAUUAGAAGCACAAUAUUUUUGACAUAA